CAGAUAGGAUUUGCCUUUCGCCAUGGAUGGUCCUCGUGAUGAUCGCAGAACCAACGGCGAUGAUCACAACCACCACGAAGAUGGUAGCCAUUUGUUCAAGAAACCAAAGCUAUCUGCUCCCCGUACUUUCAUUUCCGAAUCUGAAAUCCUUGAAGAAUUCGCCCACCAUCAACAAGGCAUCGUUCGAAUUAACAACGGCAGCUUUGGGAGCUGCCCUGCCUCCAUCAUUGCCGCCCAAAAACGGUGGCAGCUUCGCUUCCUCGAACAACCAGACGACUUCUUCUUCAACCACCUUCAGAAGCGUAUCCUCCAUUCGCGUAACCUGAUCAAGACUCUCAUAAAUGCUGACCACGUUGACGAGGUGUCUCUUGUAGAUAAUGCCACAACCGGAGCUGCAAUCGUCCUCCAACACGUCGGGUGGGCCUUUGCUGAGGGCCGCUUCCAGAAAGGGGACGCCGUUGUGAUGCUUCACUGUGCGUUUCAAGCCGUUAAGAAAUCAAUUGAGGCAUAUGUGACUCGUGCCGGAGGUUCUGUUAUCGUAGUUCAUCUUCCAUUUCCUGUUAGUUCCAAUGAAGAAAUAAUUGCUAAGUUUCGUGAUGCCUUGGCUAAGGGCAAAGUCAAUGGUAGGAAAAUCAGGCUGGCUAUAAUUGAUCACAUUACUUCAAUGCCAGCUGUCAUCAUUCCAGUAAACAGCCUAGUUAGAAUCUGCAGAGAAGAAGGCGUGGAACAGGUAUUUGUUGAUGCUGCUCAUGCAUUAGGCAGUGUUGAUGUGAACGUUAAAGAAAUUGGGGCAGAUUUUUAUGUCACUAAUUUGCACAAAUGGUUCUUUUGCCCACCUUCAGUAGCCGUUUUGUACUGUAAAAAGUCAGCCAUGGUCUCUGAGUUACAUCAUCCAGUGGUCUCACAUGAAUAUGGAAAUGGACUGGCCAUAGAGAGUGCAUGGAUUGGAACCCGAGACUAUAGCUCACAGCUAGUUAUACCCGAGGUGUUAGAUUUUGUUAAUAGGUUUGAGGGUGGAAUUGAGGGAAUUAGGAUGAGGAAUCAUGAUGCUGUUGUUGAAAUGGGAGGAAUGUUAGCCAAGAAUUGGGGAACAAAUCUUGGGUCACCUCCAGACAUGUGUCCUAGCAUGGCUAUGGUUGGCUUGCCUGCAUGCUUGGGAAUUCUGACUGCAGACGAUGCUUUAAAUUUGAGAACACUUUUGAGAAAUCGUUUUAUGGUGGAAGUCCCGAUUCAUUAUCAGGGAUUAGAAGAUGGGGAGUCAAAUGGAAACACUGAUGAGAUUGGUUGUGUUACAGGAUAUGCCCGAAUUUCUCAUCAAAUUUACAAUACAGUUGAUGAUUACUUCAAGCUGAGGGAUGCAAUCAAUCAACUUGUGCAUGAAGGGUUUACUUGCAAGGCCCUUUCUACCUAAUAAGAGCUUUAGGAAUAUGCUCUGCACCACAACUGUCCACAAGUAGCAGACAACGGGCACUUGGACAAUGAGAAAAAGUCUGUUCAACUGUGGAAUAAUUGUCUUGCCUAUUAAUCACUGCAAUGAGAAGAACACUAACUGGCAUUUUAAUACCUUUUAUGGUCACUCUUGCUCUCUUGUAACAAUAAGUUCUUCUGCCUGUAAUUAUUCUACUAUUUAUUUAGUUGAUGGUGGAAUUUUGAUCAUAUCAUUGCGUGUGUAUGGAAUCAGUCAUGGUGCAGUGACAGGAAAGCAACAGAGACUCCCUGAUGUUACUCUGUACGGCAUAGGAGGUUCUUUGAAUGAAAUCUUACCUGAAGGCCAUGACAGGAAAGUGUUUAGUGCUAACCUGCAACUCUUCACAAUUGUAACAACUAACAAGUGAAGAGUUCCAUGUUAACUUCUUCACCGACCCGAGAACCAGACCAAGUACAGUUCGGGUUUCUCUCUUUAUAUAUAAUAGCCAAAACAGAGCAGUGCAAUGGUAUAUAAACUUCUAAAAAGUUGAUAUGGACUCAAACAUGCAUCAAUGCAAUGGUAUAUUUCCGAUCAUUUGGAAUAGUGGAAAUGUGGAAUUGAAU